AAGUAAUGAUAAACUAUCGUAAACAUCACGAAUUUACCUCAAGAGUCAAGAUAUUAUUAAAGACCAAGAGUGAAGACCAUAACUAGAUUUUAUUCCUGUUCUACAACUAAUUAAUUACCUAGAUUAUAAAUAUAGAUAAAAGUUGGCUUUGGACAAGAAAUAGAUCAUGAGUAGAUUUAGAUCUAGAUGAUUAUUAUUGUCUGUUGUUGAUGAUAAAUGAUUGUACCGUAACUCACGCCGUAACUUACGAGUGUGUUACACUUCACUUGCAGUGUAACUGAGUCACUUACACGGCAUAACGACGAUCACACAAUGGCUGUCAGUACAGAGACAUGGGUCAAUGACAAGCUUCAUGAUAUUCUUGGUAUAUCAGACAAAUAUAUUGCACAGUACUUCAUUGGAUUGGCCUCAAAAUCUGAGAACCCCGGUGAAUUUAUUCAGCGACUUGAGGAAACUGGGACAGUAGAUGUUGAUGAUGUCCUGAAAGCUUUUGCUCGGGAACUUUUUGACAAGGUUCCACACAAACAAAAGAAGGAAGUUGUGGUAUCUGCGGAGAAAAAGAAAACACUGGAACUUGAAGAGAAAAAUAAAACUUACCAACUGUUAGAUGAUGACGAUGAUGAUGAUGAUGAAGAUGACAGAAAAGAGGAUAAAUUCAAGACACAUAAAACAUCAUCGCAGUCGCGACAUUUGCGAAGGAAACAUGAGUCAUCAGAGGAAGAGGAGGAAACACAAAAUCAAGAUAUGGCUAAUGAUGAUGAUGAUGACAAGGAUUCUGACAGCUCCAGCUCUGACCCAGACAAUGAGCGCAAGAAAGAUUUAAAGGAGCGUGAUGAGUUUGCCAAGAGGUUGAGAGACAAAGAUAAAGAGAAGACAAGAAAUACCAUGUCCAAGUCAGACAAACGGGCUUAUGAAGAGGCAAAGAAAAGAUUAAAAUUAGAACAGGAAGAUCGUAAGAAAAUAAUCCCAGACCUGAGGAAGAGGUCUAGAAGGGAGUACUUGAAGAAAAGACAGGCAGACAAACUUGAAGAUUUGGAAGCUGAUAUUGCAGAGGAAGAAUACUUCUUUAGUGGUGCAAAACUUACAAAGAAAGAACAGAAAGAUUUAGAGUAUAAGAAAACAGUUCUAAAAUUGGCCAAAGAACACAAAGCUGCUGGAGAAAUAGAAAAGAUUGAUAGGUAUCACAUUCCAAGGGAUGACGCUCUGCCGCAGGAUAAAUAUGUGGAGGACAAGACAGAGAAACGCAUGGGCUCUGAGCAGAGCCGCUGGGAGGAAGAGCACCUUAAUGCUGCUCUUCUUAAAUUCGGAGCUAGGGAUGCCAAGGAGAAGAAAAAGUCCAAAGAUUAUGAUGUCAUUAUGGAUGAGGAGAUAGAGUUUGUGCAAGCCCUACAGAUGCCAGGAACCAGAGAUGAAAAAGAAGCGAAAUCAACCAAAGAUGCUAAAAAAAUGUCUAUUGCUGAGACAAAGAAGAGUCUACCCAUAUAUCCAUUCAGAAAAGAUUUACUAAAGGCUAUUGAAGAUCAUCAAAUUCUUAUCAUUGAAGGGGAGACUGGUUCAGGAAAGACAACUCAGAUACCUCAAUUUCUUCAUGAAGCAGGCUACACUAAUGAUGGUAAGAAAGUGGGCUGUACACAACCCAGGAGAGUAGCAGCCAUGUCUGUGGCUGCUCGAGUUGCAGAAGAGAUGGGUUGGAAGCUAGGUAACCAAGUGGGCUACAGUAUCAGGUUUGAAGAUUGCACCUCAGAGCGUACAAUUUUAAAGUACAUGACAGAUGGCAUGCUGCUUCGAGAGUUCUUGAGUGAGCCAGAUUUGGCGAGCUACAGUGUCCUCAUUGUUGAUGAGGCUCAUGAACGAACACUACAUACAGACGUUUUGUUUGGCCUUGUAAAAGACAUAGCCAGGUUUAGGCCAGAUCUCAAAUUGCUCAUUUCUAGUGCCACAUUAGAUGCACAAAAGUUUUCUGAGUUUUUUGACGAUGCCCCAAUUUUCCGCAUACCAGGAAGAAGGUAUCCAGUGGAUAUCUACUAUACAAAAGCGCCCGAGGCAGAUUAUCUAGAUGCUGCUGUUGUUUCUGUACUUCAAAUUCACGUGACUCAACCAGUUGGUGACAUUCUAGUCUUUCUGACUGGUCAGGAAGAGAUUGAGACAGCCAAUGAAAUGCUGCUAGAGAGAACUAGAAAGUUGGGCUCAAAAAUAAAAGAGCUGAUUGUGCUGCCCAUUUACUCCACUUUACCUUCAGAGAUGCAAGCUAAAAUCUUUGAACCAACUCCACCCAAUGCUCGCAAGGUUAUCCUUGCAACCAACAUCGCAGAAACAUCUUUAACUAUUGAUGGAAUAGUUUAUGUCAUAGACCCAGGUUUCUGUAAACAGAAGAGUUACAAUGCCAGAACUGGCAUGGAAUCUCUAGUUGUCACUCCAGUUUCAAAGGCAUCUGCUAACCAGAGAGCUGGGCGUGCCGGCAGAGUCUCUGCUGGGAAGUGCUUUCGUCUCUACACAGCCUGGGCAUAUAAAAAUGAGCUGGAAGAUAAUGCUGUCCCUGAAAUACAAAGGACAAACUUGGGCAAUGUGGUCCUUCUGCUCAAGUCACUGGGGAUCAAUGACCUGCUCAACUUUGACUUUAUGGACCCACCCCCACAUGAGACUCUGGUCCUGGCUUUAGAGCAGCUGUAUGCAUUGGGUGCUCUCAAUCACAUGGGAGAGCUGACUAAACUAGGACGCCGAAUGGCAGAGUUUCCUGUUGACCCGAUGAUGUCAAAGAUGAUAUUGGCAUCAGAAAAGUACAAAUGUGCCAAAGAGAUUAUAACAAUAGGAGCAAUGUUAUCGGUCAACAAUGCCAUUUUCUACCGGCCCAAAGACAAAAUAGUUCAUGCAGACACAGCCAGGCACAACUUUUUUGUUCCUGGAGGUGACCACUUGACUCUGCUGAAUGUGUAUAAUCAAUGGGAAGAGACUGAGUUCUCAACCCAGUGGUGCUAUGAAAACUACAUUCAACACAGGUCCAUGAAACGAGCCAGGGAUGUCAGGGACCAGCUGGAGGGACUGCUGGAGAGAGUGGAGAUUGAGGUCACAUCCAAUCCAAGUGAUACAGUAGCAAUCAGGAAGGCAAUCACAGCUGGUUAUUUUUACCACACUGUCCACUUGACUAAAGGUGGUCAGUAUAAGACAGUUAAGUCUCAUCAGACGGUGAUGGUUCACCCCAACAGCUGUUUGUUUGAUGAACACCCACGCUGGCUGGUUUACCAUGAAUUGGUUUUCACCACAAAAGAGUUCAUGAGACAGGUUAUUGAAAUAGAAAAUCUCUGGCUUCUGGAAGUAGCACCACAUUACUACAAGGCUAAAGACUUGGAAGAUGGGUCCGACAAAAAAAUGCCAAAAAAGAUUGGUAAAGCCAAAGAAGAACUUUCCAGAACAUAUUAAAACUUGCUUUUCAUUUGUGACAAACAUUUGGGAAUCAGCAAGACUGCAUAAAGAUUUCAUUGGCCAGAGUGAAAACAUAUAUGAAGUUUUGUUUGUAGAUAGUGAUGAGAAGACAUUCAAUCAAAUUGGAAGUUAAUGUUCUUUAAGUUCAGAGAGCUAAUAUUAUUGAUGUCCAUAAAAGACAUUAGUUCAAGUAGAGACUUAGAAUCACUAUCCAAAUCAUUAAUAUCCAUAUGUUGAGAUGAGCCUUAAUAUUUUAUCACUAUUCAUUGUACAUUAUGUCAAAGACUGUACAGGUACAUUGUAAAUGAUUUUGUUAUUUGAAUACAUAAAUAUGUUGAUAUUA